AUGAAUCAAUUUGUUACUCUACGAGAUACCGUUUUAAUUUUACUCUAUGCAUUAACAUCAAUAUUAUCAUUAAUUGGUAAUGCAUUUGUAUUUCGAAUAAGUUUACGACGACAUAAUCAUACGUGGUUUCAAUCCACAACAAAUUUUCCAUUCACUACAUCAUGUAUAUUCUUACUUAAUCUUGCAAUAGCUGAUACAUUGUUAGGUUUAACCAUUCCAGUAGAAUUUGUAUUCUGUUCAAAAUAUUUUGUUCAGAAUAUUACAGCUAGUUCAUAUGUAUGUGCGGGUAAUAAAUCAAUGCAAAUUCUUGCAUAUAAUGUAUCAACAUUAACAAUAUGUUUAAUUGCUUAUGAUCGUUAUCGUUUAAUACAAAAUCCAUUAGAAAAAUAUUAUCCAAAAAAACCUUUUCCUGUUAUUUUAUUGACAUGGAUUUUUUCGGGAUUAUUCGCUGCUACUUGUUUCGUAUCGACAAAAGUAAACAUAUAUUUUAAUUCAUAUGAAAAAUUAAUUUGUUCUCAAAUAAUUUAUCCAUUGAGAACGAAAUAUUUUUUCAAUGAUACUAUCUAUAAAAUAAGAAGUCUUUGUCUUAUAUUGUUAUUCUAUAUUAUACCACUUUUAAUUAUCACUAGUUUAUGUCUAUUAACAAUACGAAUAAUAUCUCGUCGAGCUGUAAUUGGUGUAAAAGAAUUUCAAACAUUUAAACAAUCAAGAACACGUUCAAGAAGUUUACUUAUGAUAACUAUUAUCGUUUUUACUUUAUCUCAUUCACCUAUACAUUUCAUAUAUUUACGAGAUAUUUUUCAUUCAUCAUCAAAAGUAUCACUUGGACGUUCAAUACAAAUAACUAAAUGUCAGGAUUCGACAAUGUAUUUAUUAUUUUAUUGGUUAAGUAUUAGUGGUUGUUGUUACAAUUCAAUAAUCUAUAGUUGGUUCAAUAGAAAAUAUCAAAAUCUAGUUUACAAAUGUUGUCGACUGAUUGUUUGUUGUGAACGGUGUAAUAAUUGUUCAAAUUAA